AUGCGAGCGGCAAACGGUUAACAAAGAGCCAUUUAUGUGAGGGACCCACGGGCGCACAAUCUUCAUGAAUUAUGGAACAUGUAAACACAACAAAUACGAGGCAACAGCAACAGCAACAGCAACUGCAACAGCAACAACAACAGCAACGCCAGCAACAGCAACAGCAGCUGCAGCAACAUCAACUGGAGCAACAGCAACAACACAGCGACAAUCAGCAACAAUUCUGCCUGCGAUGGCAUAAUCAUCAAACCAGCUUGCUGAGCACUCUGCCGGUGCUGCUGGACCAGUCCCAGCUGACGGACGUCACCAUUUCGGCAGAGGGGCGUCUGCUGCGCGCCCAUCGCGUGGUGCUCAGCGCCUGCAGCAGCUUCUUCAUGGAAAUCUUCCGCGCACUGGAGGCCCACAAUCACCCGGUCAUCAUCAUACCGGGCGCCAGCUUCGGCGCCAUCGUUGCACUGCUCACGUUCAUGUACUCGGGCGAGGUGAAUGUCUACGAGGAGCAGAUACCCAUGUUGCUCAAUCUGGCCGAGACUCUGGGCAUCAAGGGACUGGCCGAUGUGCACAAUAACAAUCUACCCAAGACAGCGAAAGGUACGCCGACUGCCUGCAUGGAGCCGGCCGGCGUGGACAAGCCACUGGCGUUCGAUGCCACUCCGACGGCAUCGCCCGCGGCCACGCCCACGGUCACACCAAGAGCCACGCCCACGCCAGCAAGUACGCCCACGCUGGGCAUGUCGAGUGCCACGCUGCAGGCGCCGCUGCUGGCCAAUAAGCUGGGCUCGCCCCUGGAGAAUUUCUUUCUGAAGUCGCUGCAGUUCUAUCCGAAUCUCUUGCCGCAGCCCCUGAACUUCUCGCAGACGGCGCUGAACAAGACCACGGAGCUGCUGGCCAAGUACCAGCAGCAGUGCCAGCUCUAUCAGAGCAACCUCGAGGAGGAGGAGUGCUACGGCCAAGCCAAGCGCCUGAAGACGGGCAGCGGCGGGGCGCCAGGAGGCGCCAGCAAUUCACAGAAGGACAUCAAGCGCAUAGACAAAAUCGUGGAGAAUCUGAGGACGAGCAGCAGCAGCAGUAAGUCGCCCAUGGAGUGCGGUGCCGCGAACUCGAUUGUGGCCACAUCUCCUGUGACCCUGGCGCCACAGGCCAUGUCGCACUUCUCGCCCCAGCUGCCCGUGGUGAAGACGUCGCCCAGCUACAGCAGUUCCCUGAAUCCCGCCGGCCAUCUGUACAGCGGCGCCAAGCUGCCGAGCUACAGCGCAGCUGCCACGCCCACAACCGCACAGCAAGCCGCCCAGUCGCACCUGGCCAGUCCGCCCUACAUAACGCCCGAGGAUCACGUCAAGCUGCAGCAGCACAUCGAGCAGUACGCGGCCUGCCAGCGCGAGGCGGCGGCUGCUGCUGCGGCUGGCCAGUUGAUCAGCACCAAGUCGGAGCCGAACCUGCUGUCGCUGAGCGCCGAGAAGAUGGUGACGCCCAGCAAGCCGCCAUCCAACUCCAAGCUCUAUGCCACCUGCUUCAUCUGCCACAAGCAGCUGAGCAAUCAAUACAAUCUGCGAGUGCAUCUGGAGACCCACCAGAACGUGCGCUAUGCCUGCAAUGUCUGCUCCCAUGUGUCGCGCAGCAAGGAUGCCUUGCGCAAGCACGUCAGCUAUCGGCAUCCGGGCGCGCCGUCGCCCUGCGAGAACGAGGCGCGGCGCAAGCGCGUCACCAAGCUGGCAGCUCAAUCGAUCUCCGCCAGUGCACCGACGGCGACGGCAACCAGCGGCGACUUGGCUGCGGGCGAGGUACCCAGCGCAGGCUCUGGUUCCGGCGCUGCCCCUGGCUCCGGCUCUGGUCCAGCUUCGCUCUCCGGCAACCCGUAUCUGUUUCUACCCAAUCAGUUUCAGCUGGCCGCUGCAGCAGCUGCCGUAGCCGUGGCCGAGUCGAAUACGGAUGUGGCUCACGAGGGGCCCGUGUCCAUGAAGAGUGUAACUCCCGUCGCUCGCAAUGGGGAGGCCGGCAGCGAGACGGACACCACAGCCAUCUGAAGCAGCGCGCAGAUCAACUUCCUCACACACAUACGCAUGCACACACACACGCACAUACACACGCUCACAAACACGCUCUCACUUGAAAUUAACCCCACCGUCUUAGACCCGGCUGUGAUACUUAGCACAAUUCGUCGACUUAAUUUGAAUUUAUUCUCUCGUUAAUUUUAGCGCCAUUUGUUAGAGUUUCGCUUGCACUUAUCGAUAGGCGAGAACGCUUCGAUAGGCCUGUAAGUGGUGGCAUCACUGUCACAGUUUGAGGGUGACACGCGCUAACAGUUUGGGCAGCACUGAGUGCAGGCACCCUAAACUGUUUGCGCGAGAUCUGAAACUGUAAUAUUGCGAGGCUUUCGUUUUACCUUCUACAAAGACCAAUACACACACACACUCACAAACAUACACACGCCUACACAUUCUAAUAAAUUAAGAGCACUUUUUAUAAAUAUUAUAAUUAUAUAUACCAAGAAAACACGCACACACACAUGCACACAAAAAGACAAGGUGAAGACCUACAAAAAACCAACAAGCAAAAUAAAUUUUAAGCCACAAAAAAUACACAAUGUGUUGGAGACGUAUUGUUAUUUUCAUGCAAAAACUAGUUUAUUUCAUUUCAUAAUACAAUAAUUUACGUACGCUGGCGCACUUUAUACAUAUAUGUUUAAA